AUGAAUACAUUGUGGUUUGAGAUGCGCAUUCGUCCACGAAAAUUUCUCUUCUCGCCAUCCAAUUUCCAAGUACGAAGAGUAAGAAACAUUAAUUUUAUCGCUGUGAGUGCCCUACGCGGCUUUGUCCUCAAAAUUAUGAUUUCGCCAUUAUUGUGUAAUCUUCCUGCUGCCAUUACAAUCACUGCAACUUUUACUACUGCUAUUGUUAUCUGUGAAUUUUCUGACUCACUUCUCGUUAAACUUUCGAUAAUGAUCACAUUAUUUUACGGUGAAAAGAAAUAUGCUUUACAAAACAUGGUACAAGUAGAGAAAAUAUGUUUGAAAAAUGGAAGAGGUAACAUAAUGUUAUCCAGCAAUCUAGAAUAUUCUGAUAAAUAA